CUCACGUCCACACCAACGGGCUGAAGAAUCCCACAGAGGAAUAUGGAGUGUUUGGAGCUAAGGGAUCUUUUUACCGUCGCACAUUUUAUCAAAACCAGGUGUAGCCAUGGUCUGAUAGCUGGGGAUCCAAAGAAUGUGAAGAAUUAUGUUUUUUUUGAGGUGGAGAUACUGGACCCCAAGAGCAAGACACAGCUCUGCUAUCUGGACAAGGUCGAGCCCAACGCCAAAAUUGGAGAAAUCAAGAGCCUGCUGCAUAGGUUAUAUCCUAAGUGGUAUCCAGCAAGACAAGCUUUGAAGCUGCACCCUGAGGGGAAGGCCCUCAGUGAUGAUGAUAUCUUGGAAGAGCUACCAGUGGGGACAACUGCAACCAUGUUUCUGCAGGACCUUGGUCCACAAUUAGGAUGGACUAUGGUGUUUUUGGCAGAAAGCAUUGGACCACUCUUCAUCUGCCUGCUAUUCUACUAUCGACUUCCAUACAUUUACAACCAUGAAUUUGACUACACAAGAAGCCCACAUGUUGUGGUUAGGCUUGCCUGCAUAUGUUACAUGCUACAUUAUAUCAAGCGGCUAAUGGAGACUAUAUUUGUCCAUCGCUUUUCACAUGGAACGUUACCACUACAAACCAUCAUGCUGCAUUGUCUGUAUUACUGGGGUUUCGCAGCAUGGCAGGCAUACUACAUCAACCAUCCACUCUAUACAACGCCAACUUAUGGAAAUCUUCAGAUCUACUCAGCACUGGCUGCAUUUUUGAUCUGCGAGAGUGGGAACUUCUCCAUUAAUUUGGCUCUCAAUCGAAUCAGCUGCAAUGGUUCAAGGCCAACCGAGAUCCCUUACCCAACGAAAAACCCCUUCACCUGGCUCUUCUUCUUCGUCUCCUGUCCGAACUACACCUAUGAGGUUGGCUCCUGGAUCAGUUUCACUGUAAUGACCCAGUGUACUCCAGUUGCUGUGUUUACAUGUAUAGGUUUCAUUCAGAUGACCAUCUGGGCCCGAGGAAAACAUAAAACCUAUGUGAAGGAGUUUAAGGACUAUCCUGAACUUCGAAGUGCCAUAAUUCCACUCUUCCUGUAAGCCUGAGAGGCUCUGGGGCAACUAUUGCUUGUAACUCUACAAGCCCAGUGAGGAAGGACAGUGGCAUAUGGCCAGGUUUUGUUCGUCUAAGGCCGUGCUUCCAUAUAGAUUUCACCCUGAGUAACCUCUAUAUAGGAUGUGAAAUGUAAUUAUUGGUUAAAAAAUACCUGUACAGGGAUGAUACACAAUUGAGAAAGCCUUUUUUUUUCACAGUUAGGGAUGAUGGGAGUAGUACUGAGGAGACUAAGCUAAAAACUAGCUUCAGAACUAGCUACCUGCAGAAGCUUGUGAAUUCAAGUUUAAACUGGGAACUGGAUGACUAUUUACAAAAAGUGCCAAAGGACUGGUAAUGGAGUGGACAUAUUUUAAGUUUAAAUAUUUCUUGCAAACCUGCAAGCAAUUUGGUGGAGUGAGUCAAAGGCAUUUUUGGUAUGUGGGACUAGAUGAGAUAGGAAUCUCAGCUAUGCCUUUUUGUUGUUUUUAGGUGUUUCCCAUAAAAAUCAUAUUUGGCAUGUACUUAUUGAAUCUAACAUGACCAGACUGAAGUUGAAGCAUAGUGAUGAGGAGGUUUGUAAAGACUGCCUCCUGAAGUCUUUCAUGAGCAGGCUUGUAUCUGAAGAUUGUCUGAAGGAAUUAUUCAGGGUCAUAUACUGCCACAAAGAAAAAACAACAGACAUUUCAAAAUAGUCUGACCAUAUGACCAUUCAUUAGUUUCAUCUGUAAGUUUUCUCCAUAAAUCAAAUUUCCUUUUCUGUUUCUAGGUAGUUAAACACUGUAAUAGGUUCUGACUGAACACGUUUAUGACAGAACAGUAUCUUAAUUGUUAAAUAGACGGAAAUUAUUGUCACAUACAUGUGACAGUAUAUUGCUUACACACACACACACACACACACACACACACACACACACACGUUUCAGACAGAGGUCUUUCAUCAGCUGUGCAAGCCCUUUGUAGUACACUGCAAAGAAGAUUCACCUGGGAUCUUAUUAUAUAUUAGCUGUCACUUGUAACAAUAAUAUAUGUAGAGGUUAUAUUUGUAGCCCGUGCUUUUUACUCCAGCCAGAAAGUCAGACUAUCCAAGAAACAUUGUCACCAGUUUCUGGUCAAUAUAGAUUGAACAGUUCAAAUGUUAAUACUAAGAUCAUUUUGUCGAUGUGGUAAAGAACUGUUAAAGAGCCAGACAAAAUGUUAUUGAAUUUGUAGGUUCUGGAAAACGUUCAGCAAGUGUGUAUGCAGAAGCAAAAAAAAAAAAAGCUACAUUAAUAAAUACCAGGCACUGCUUUCAUCCAAA